UUGCUUGUGCGUUUUUUAAAUGUUUUGGUAUUAAUAUUAAUAAAUGAUACUUUUUAUAAAAGGUUUUUUGAUUUGUAUUUAUUAGACAAUAAAGCAUAAUGCAUAUGUAAAUUCGUUAUGCAUAUACCGGAGCGUUCUUACAUGAUUGAGCUUGCAAUUGCAAUGGCGCAAAGUCGAGGCGAUUAAAACAUGGAUUCACUUUCAAUUGAUUUGUGUCAUUAUUUGUAUACAAGUGUGUUAUUGUUUGACAUGUGCUAAGAAGGUAUUUGGUGACAGUUGGAGUUUAGCAAAAUGACAGGAAGGGGAGCAAAGAAAAGAGGGCGGCCUCCGAAGGUUGUAGUUCAAGAAAGGCAAAAGAAAUUUCAGUAUCACUUAUUGAAAAAACCAAAAUAUUUAUUGAAUCAAAAUAAAGCUUCUGAUUCGACUGCGAGUACGCCUUCGGCGUCUAGGGCUUCAUCGCCUCAGGGAAGCGAUGGAAGUAGACGCAGUGGGGCGCGAACAAGGGGGCAACGAAAAGCAAACAGACGUGGUGGAUUGAGCGGUUCAGCAUACCAGAGAAGAGGUUAUAAUCCUAAUGUAACUGAUUUUUUGGAAUCUGAAUAUCAUUAUGGAUCAGAUUUUGGCGAUGAAUCGAGUGAAAAAAGCGAUCUGGAGGAGGAGCAGCUAGGAAUCCAUUCUGAUACAGAUGAUAGUCUAGGUGGAGAUGCAAGUAGUGAUAGUGAUUUUUCUAUAAAUAGUUACAGUAAUUUAAGUGGCACACCUAGAAGAACUAUAAGUCUUAUUCGACCACCAAGCCCUGAACCCUUAUGGCUACAGAACAGAGAAUUACCUCCAUUAAAGUUACCCAGUUCAUCAGAAGAUUUACUUGUUAGUUCAGACUUAAUAAUGCCAGCUGUAAGUAUAUAUGAAGUUUUGCGCCACUUUCGUCAAUUAGUUCGUCUCUCACCAUUUCGGCUGGAGGAUUUUUGUGCUUCGUUAACCUGUGAAGAACAGAGUGCAUUGUUGACGGAAGUUCACAUAAUGUUAAUUAAAGCAUUAUUGCGAGAAGAAGAAGUGCAACAAACUCAUUUUGGUCCUCUUGACCAAAAAGACAGUAUAAAUAUAACAUUAUAUUUAAUUGAUAAUGUGACUUGGCCAGAAGUUCUCCGAGUGUAUGUUGAAAGUGAUAAGUUUUUUGAUGCAAAGGUUUUAAAUAUUCUAGAAUCCUGUGAAUAUCCAUAUACAUCAGUGGAAAACAGAAUAAAAGUUUUACAAUUUUUAACUGACCAGUUUUUGAUUACUAAUCCAGUUAGAGAAGAUUUGAUGAGUGAAGGUCCUGUACAUUAUGAUGAUCAUUGUCGAAUUUGCUUUCGCUUGGGUGACCUUCUCUGCUGUGAGACAUGCCCUGCAGUGUUUCAUUUGGAAUGUGUCGAUCCACCUUUGGAAGAUGUUCCAACAGAAGACUGGCAGUGUGUUAUUUGUAAAUCGCAUAAGCUAUCAGGAGUUGUCGAUUGCAUUUCCCAAAUUGAGAAACAAGGAUUACUAUGUCGACAGGAGCAUCUUGGUUUUGACAGACAUGGAAGAAAAUAUUGGUUUCUGGACAGGAGAAUAUUUGUGGAAAGUGAAGAUGGAAGUGAAGUUUGGUAUUAUAGUACUGUGCCCCAACUUGAAGAACUCUUGUCUGUAUUGGAUAAAAGAGAAUUUGAAGUAGCUCUUUGCAGAGAAUUGGCUGAUUUUAAAGAAGAAAUUGUUCGGCAAAUGGAACUUACAGAAUCACUUACAAAUCAGUUGAAAGGGAAUAAAAAGUCAUAUUUUGAAAUUGAAAAUGCUAAUAUUCUAAAAUUGCAAAAAGAUCGCCAAGAAAUUUCUAAAAUUGGGGAUGAAUCAUUAGAUGACAAGUCUAACUCUACUGAAGUUGAACCAGGAAGCAGUCUUUGUAAUGAUGUUGAUAAUUGCACAAUGACUCAGAUGUCAACGGUAACAACUACCACAGUUACAACUACUACUGUGACUGAAACUACCAGAGUUACUCGUCAGAAAUUAAUGCAAAUUAAUAAUGGAACUCAAUAUUUUAAACUUGGUUUGGAAAACUCAUACAAGUCGUAUGUUAAUCAAUUUACAUCAAAUGUAAUUGCUCUCAAUAAACCACAAAGAAAUGAGGAUCGAGAUAAAAAAAGAUAUUUAUCACAUAAGUUUUCUUUAACUCCAGCAUCAGAGUUCAAGUGGAUUGGCACAAUGAAUGGUACACAAACUUACUUGAUAAAUACUCUUCGCCAAACACUACUUGCCCUUGAAAAUUCAAUUCAGUCAGCAUUUAUGCAUCCAAAUUGGAGUUUGCUGCGCAAGAGUUGGCUAACUGCUGUUGGCGCUUGCACCAAGCCUUCAGAUUUUUCUAAAGCUAUGAUUAUUCUACAAGCUUGCAUUAAAUCUGUUGUUUUUGCUAAUGUUUGGCAUGAUCAACUAGGUCAUGUAAAAUUACAUAGAAUUACAGCAGUUGAAAGAGAAGAGAAGAAAAAGUUGGACAAACGAGAAAAACGUGAAAAAGAUGAUGAAGAAGAACGCAAUAAACUCACAUAUAAUUUUGUGAAAUACACUUUAGGUUUGAAGCAUCAGGUGUGGAAACAAAAAGGUGAAGAAUACAGAAUACAUGGAAUUUGGGGAUGGUUAUGGUUAUCAAGUGCUAGAAAAUUUAAAUCAGUCAAGUCAAGUCGUGCAUUGUGCUUUGGUCCUCACCAAAUAAUGUUGAAAAUUGAAGAUAAAGAAGCAGCUAAAAUUUUAUGUUUAGAUACCAAAUCUUAUGAAUAUUUGAAAUCAAGAAAUACUAGUGAAAAUGAUCAUAAUUUACCCGAAGAAUUGAAAAAUGUAAAAUUUUUACCGAUAUCUGCCUCACGUUUUGAAGAAAUAGAUGUUUGCAAAGCUUUAACAUCACCUGGUAGAGUUUUGUACCCAAAAAUAGCGCAUGCGAGUAAGUUGGAUGAUUUUUUGGCAAGGCGUAUUCAGUUGAAGGUGAAUGAAGAAAAGGCUUGUACUCUCAAAGCUAAAGAAAUAGGUGCUGAUAAUGAUGAAAGGACAAAUAAAGACAAAAGUGAUGUUUCUACAGGCAAAACUGAAAUAUUAAAAAGCGUUGCAGAGAAGAUUCAGAAAUUACGAGUUCAAUAUGCUAAUUUAAAUCGCUUGGCUAAGCCUUAUAAAUGUUAUUCACCAGGUUGUAAUGCAGCUUUAACUGGACAGCACACCUCAGUUGUCUCUAAUUGCUAUUCUCCGCUGUGCAUACAGAAAUUAAAUUUGCGCAGAGAGCUUCUGCAAUUGUUGAGAUCAGCGCACAGCUCUGCUAAUAAUAUUAAUUCAAAAAAGACUUCAAUAUUAGAACAAAAGCUAUCUGAAUCUAAAGUAAUUGAAAGCAAAGAAAAAGAUCCUGUGAAUAUUACGAAUAAUAUUUUGAAAGCUUAUAGUUCUGCAAUUACAUAUGAUACGAGUCUUGUAUCAUGUUGUGCUGUUAAUUCUGUUACUGUUAAAGAAGAAUGUAUCAACAAAAUAGAUGAGCAUCAAAAUGCAAAUACUACUAGUUCAUUGAAAUUAAAUGAAUCAGAAACAAAAGAUCUUAAAGAAAAAGUAAAUAUUAAAGCUGAUAUAGAUAUUACUGAUAACUCAGAAAAGAUUCCUAGAUUAUCAUUAAAUAAUAUUACCACUGAUGAUGAUAUCAAAAAUGUUAAUCAAUCCCAUGAUGCAAAUAAUAGCUUUGAAUCCACUUUGGAUAGUCACGACAUGGAUACAAUGACUCCAGAAGCUAUUAAUGAAAUGAUAUUAGGUGUUAAAGGAGAUAAUUUUAUAAAUAAAUCAAAUGGUAAAGAUGAUGAGGCGAGUUGUAAAAACGAUAAAUCAAAAUAUUAUACUAGAGCUAGACCAGCAAAGCAACUGAUCACCACAACUCAAAUAACUACAACCACUACUACUGUCACUCAAACAGUACGCAUUGUUGAUGGAGUCGUUCAAAGCAUUGAUGGAUCAUCAAGUCAACAUAUUCAUGAUAGAUUAUCUCAUAGUUCUAAGGAAAAAAAUUACCUAUCUUGCAGUGCCAUGUCUGCCAAUUCACAAUACCAUGCACAAUUAAACAGACGAUUUUGUACCAACAAAACAACCAAACGUGAGGAGGUCAAUCCUGAAACUGAAUUUGCAGAAGAUGGCAGUAAAAGAAUAUAUUCAGCUAUUAACACAGCUGGAAAAAUUUAUUUAAAGAACAAUAAUGGUAUGAAUGGUAAAAAGAAGAAAACACAACACAUUAAGUAUCCAGUUGUAGCUUCAUUUCGUACUAGGAAUAAACAUAAGACCAUAAUGGUAUUACCGCAACACGAAUUAAAAACUUUAGCUAGACAUGCUGGUAGAUUGCCUGUAAAUGGUUACCACCACUUAGCAAAGCCAAACACAGCAGUGUGGCCAUACCCUUGCUCAAGGCCUCUUUUUAAAACAUGCUGGUUGUACCGUACAGUUCAUUUACGGUCAUUGGCAGCAGUUGCGUUGCAACUGCGUAUUGUGUGGACUUGCUUGAGAUGGGAUGACAUGGCGGUUAAACCAUCUAAUAAUGAUGGAAAACAUCAGGUAACAACAGAAACUGAGAUCAUGUCUUUAGAAUUAUUGAAACAUAGGCACGUGGGAAAAUUUAUGGAGAAAACACAGUAUCUUAGAAGACGUGUUGUUAUACCACUUGAAUUACCCAAAACAAUUAGAGAAGUUACUUCAAUAAGAAGUGGUCUUCGAAAACGUAAAAGAGCUGAAUCUCCACAGCAUACAGAACCACAGGUUACAGAAGAAUGGGUAGAUGAAGAUAAACUGGAACUUUGGGAAAUUAAACAAUAUGGUGACAAAUUGGACAAAGCGAAUAUUUUGCCUGUCACUCGUACUGCUACAGGUAAGUUGCCUCCUGUCAGAAGUGCACAUGAUCCUUCACCUACUACUGGAGGAAAGCGACUUGUUGAAAGUGUCAGCGGUAAAGCAACUCCUGAAGAAAUCAAAGAGAAAAUGGAACAACAAUUAAGAAUGCAGAGAGCAGCACAUCAACAAAAAAGAGCUCUGGAACUAAAGAGCAUUCAGAAAGCUCCUUCAGCAGUUCCAGUUUCAAAUACGGAAAAUGCUGUUAGAAUAGUCAAGAAAGGUCUUGCAAAUAGUAAAAGUACUUUGACGUCAUUGUUAACCAGUAACAAUACUCCUUCACCACCUCCUGCAAAGGUUCCUAUUGGUACUAGAAGGAUAAUCAUGACCAAAGGAGGUGUCAUAACAAGUCCUACAGUGAAUAAGGCUGGCUCAACAGAAAAUCCACAAAAAGUACAAAUAAUUCGUGGACCUGAUGGCAAAGUGCAAGUUCGUGGAUUGAUGCCUGGACAGCAAAUAGUACAAAUGCCCGAUGGAAAGCUUCAUGUCUUAAGUAGCAAUCAACAAAUUCGAAACUCUCCAGGAAAUUCAACGCCAAAUUCUCCAAAGCCUGUGCUACGAACAGUAGUGAGACCGCAAACUGCAGGCAAUGCAAACCCAGCAAAUAAAACCAUUAAGCCUGGAUCUGCUAUUGUAAUUCGACAACAAAAUGCUAAUUUAUCACUACCUUCUAAAACACAAAAUCCAACAUCAAAGACAGUUACAAAGUUGAUUCAACCCCAGAUUGUUCCUGGCAAUUCACAACAAAUUAUACAAACUCCUAGUGGGCAGAAGAUUGUAGUUGGUAAAAAUAUAAUCCCGGGACAAAAAUUUGUUGUGAGCCAAAACCCACAGGUGAUUGGUACGCAACAGCAACAAAUAGUUCUGAGUGGUCAAAAAUUAGUUACUGUAAAUGCUAGUGGCUCACAGAUAAUACAAACACCAUCUGGUCAACAAUUAGUUGCUGUUGCGGGGCAACCAGUGGUUGGUGGUACCAGAUUGUUGCAAGCUGGAACUCAACAGAUAGUUGUUAGUGGAAAUUCUGUUGUAUCCAAUCAGGUUAUACAGCAAAAUCCAACUCGUUUGAUUUCUGGAUCACAACAGAUAGUUGUUAGUAAUCCAAAUCUCGUUCAGCAAUUGCAACUAGGUAAAGUUCAAAUUGCUACCAUAAAUGGACAACAAGUUUUGAUAAGAAGUACUGGAAAUAAUCAAGCGCAAAUAGUUGCACAAUUAUCUUCACCAGGGCAAUUAAAUCAAGGAAGUUCAAACAAUCUUCAAGCUAUUCAAUCUAGUGCAAACAGUUUGCAGACUGUAAAGUCUGUUUCUAGCUCAAAUAUGUCUCAAGAAAGUGGCAGUACAUCUGAUAGCAGUCCAGAUGUUACAAAUAUAUCCGCAAAUAAACAAUCCCAAGUGUUAGAUCCUCAACAAGUUGCAGCCCAUACUCCGCAGACAGUAGUUAGUGGACAACCCACACAAAACACAUUGCCUGCAGCUGUUGCACCCAUCCAAAAUAACAUUCAGCACCCAGAGAAUGCUAAAACUAAUUCUAAUUCACAAGGUCAAUCUAUUACUGAUAAACAAAUGACAAUGGAACAAUCACUCUUGAUUGGCCAACCUCCUGGUACAGUUAUUAAGUGUGUCACGGCGCAAGUUAUAAAUACACCUCAGGGACCAAGAAUAGUAUUGCAAGGUCUUCAAGGCACCGAAUUUACGGCUCAACAAUUAAGUACAGUUCAACAGCAAGUAAAGCAACAACUGUUAAAGGCACAAGAAACAACUGGUAAGCAAGGUGUUCUUGGUCCAACCAAAAUAUACCUUGCUGUCCAACCACCACUUAGCGCACAACAAAAAUUACCCCCUCUUGCUCCUGUACAGGAUUCUUGUCCAGAACCUCAGGUUGAAAAUAGCAGUCAGUCAUCCAUAGCAAAAAAAACACUUGUCAAUGGCCAAACACCAUUUGAAGUUCAACAACAAAUUAAUCAAACCCUGGAAAACAUAAAACAGGAAAUGGAUCAUGAAAAAGUUAAAGAGAUAGAGAAACUAGUUCCUGGUCAGGCUUUUCCUGAAGGGGCAGACAAAAAUUCUUUUAUAUUAACUCCUGACUAUAUACAACAAACUAUUAAAAAUGCUUUAAAACAAGAAAAUUUGAACCCAGAAAUUGAAGAAAAACUUCUUCAAUUACAAAGAUAUCAAGAGAAACAAAUGAAACAUGAACCAGGCAUAGUAGAUUCCCCUGUGAGUCCAACUAAUGUUUCUAAAACAUCUUUGAGAAAACGUCCCCUCAGUUCUUCUUCUAAAUCUAUAGAUGAAGAUUGGAUUGAAACAAUUCCACGUAAAAGGCCUCCUAGAAAUAAUAAUUCACAAGGGGCAGAUAGGAGAGCUAAGCCAGAAACACCAGACAUAGUACCCAAACAAAUAAAUAUGCCUGGGAAGACAGUGGUCAGGCGCCUUACAGGACCUGCUGGCCCAAUUAAAGAUAGUCAAGAAGAAAAAAGAAAGAAUCACAUCCAAAGUAAACUCCAAAUAUUAUUAUUUAGACAUAAAGAAUUGCUUAAAAAGGACAUAUUAAAAAAGAGAGCCUUACUAGAGAAGGAAUUGCAAAUUGAAAUACAGAGAGAUCUAUCUAAUGAGCUGGCUCUGAGAACUAAAGCUGAGCGCUCUAAACAGGAUGAGGUGAGAACUGGCAGUGGAAAGAGAAAGAGCACUGCAACUACCCCAACACCUUUGAUAUCUCAAGCUGGCAGCAAAUCAAAUUCACGUGUUAGAAAACAAAGCCAAAGAUCUUCAACAACACCUCCUGGUUUAAUGUCAAAUCGUGGCUCCAAUAAAAAGGAGAAACUGUACUGCGUGUGCAGAACUCCAUAUGAUGAUACAAAAUUCUAUGUGGGAUGCGAUCUUUGCAAUAACUGGUUUCAUGGAGACUGUGUUGGAAUCAAUGAAGAGCUCAGCAAGAGUUUAUCUGAGUUUGUGUGUACUGAAUGUCGACAUGCUAGAGAUACCAAGGAAUUAUAUUGUUUAUGCAGACAACCUUAUGAUGAAUCACAGUUUUAUAUAUGCUGUGACAAAUGUCAAGAUUGGUUCCAUGGACGAUGCGUUGGUGUAUUACAGUCAGAAGCAGAUAAUAUUGAUGAAUACAUUUGCCCAAAAUGUCAACGGAAUAAUUCUUUUAAUUUUGCAACUCUGAGGGAUCUUACACAAAGAGAUUAUGAGGGUCUCAAGAAGCUGAUAAAGCAAAUACAAAUGCACAAAAGUGCAUGGCCGUUUAUGGAACCUGUUGACCCUCAUGAAGCUCCGGACUAUUACAAAGUCAUCAAGGAACCUAUGGAUUUGCAAAAAAUUGAGCAGAAGAUUAACGAGCAAAGGUAUAACAAACUGAGCGAGUUUAUUGGAGAUAUGACUAAGAUCUUUGACAAUUGUCGCUAUUAUAAUCCAAAAGAGUCUCCAUUUUAUCGAUGUGCUCAAGGUUUAGAAAGUUUUUUUGUGCAAAAAAUUAAGUUUUUAAGGGAAAGAUUAUUUGAAACAAAUAAGUGACUCAAUAACUGAUUGUAGAUUAUACAAUUUUAUCAUAGUGUUAUUUAAAGUGUGGAAAUAUA